UCCUCUGCGCUCUCCUUCUCCUGCACAUACUGCACUCAUACACACACACGGACACACACUCACAAACAGAGGAGCACGCUGACACCAAAACAUAUUGGACACACUUAGGCACACACAAACACACCCACAUAACUCAACUUAUUCCCACAACAAGUUCACAUUCAAGGCACUCAGCCACAGACUCCACAGACUCAUCUCUUUUUUACAAAUCUCAAAAACAUGAGGACAAUUCUGCUUUGCGUUUGUGCCGGUCUCCUGCUCACAGCCACCUUAGUGCCGCAAACCACCUUUGCAGUGGACUUCUCUGGCAACUCCUACCAGCGAUGGGAUGCUCGCGGACCCUACAAUCUGGGAUAUGAAUCUGGUAACCCCACUUCUUGCCCCGUGAAACUUAGACCCUUGGGCCACUGUGGGAGCUCCGGGACAGGAACAGAGGAGGGGGAGGACUGUCCCUACCAGCUCACCCUGCCUCCCCUCACCAUUCAGCUGCCUAAACAGUUCAGACUGCUGGAGAAGACAAUUAAGGAGCUGCAGAGUCUUAAGGAGGUGGUGAACAAGCUGAAAAGUGGGUGCCAGGAGUGCUGUGGGGCUCAAGGCAACGGAGCACUUGGAUAUGAGCGAGGGGACAGGGGACAGACACAAGUCUCUAUUCAAAGGGAUGCUGAAGAAGAAGUCAGACAAGACCUGACAACACAAGGUGGAUCUAGCCAAGAAGAGAGGGGAGAUGGGACGUUUCCUGGAGCUACUGUGGAUAGUACUGGACUGGGGCAAGGUUCUAUUUAUAGAAAAAUUCCAUCACAUCCAAGCACUGUGCAGGAGAUGCAGGUGAAGCUCAAUAGGAUGUCAGCCAGCCUGCGCAACGCCAGGAGCCAGAUCUCGUCUCUGCAGGGUCGUUUGGAGGAGCUCAACCUGCUCAACAUGGACAACGUGCAGGCUAUGGUGGACAGACGUGUGGAGAACAUCACCGGCAUGGUGAACAAGCUCAGCUCCACCUGCAACACCCAAUGUGCUGUACAGAACAGCCCUCAGUUUAUCUUAGCCCCCCGUGACUGCUCAGACUACAGUAUGCUGGAGGUGAGGAAGAAUGGCGUUUAUCGAGUGACCCCUGAUCCCCGGAAUGGGACAUUUGAGGUUUUCUGUGAGAUGGAGUCUUUUGGAGGAGGCUGGACUGUGAUUCAGCAACGUCUCGACGGGUCUAUCAGCUUUAACCGCACCUGGGCCGAAUAUAAGAAGGGUUUUGGAAACCUCAGAGGUGAGUUCUGGCUGGGCAAUGACUAUGUUCACUUGCUGACGAAAGCCAAAGACAUGACUGUGCGAGUGGAGCUGGAGGAUUUUGAAGGUGUUCGGGAAUAUGCAAAGUACGACCAAUUCUAUGUGGCUAAUGAGUACCUGCGUUACCGGCUUUCCAUCAGUGGAUACAGCGGAACAGCUGGCAAUGCCAUGAGUUUCAACAAGCACUUCAACCACGACCAGAAGUUCUUCUCCACGCCUGACCGCGACAACGACAUGUACCCCUCUGGAAACUGCGGCGCCUACUACAGCUCCGGCUGGUGGUUCGACGCUUGCAUGUCCGCCAACCUCAAUGGGAAGUACUACCACAAGAGGUAUAAGGGCGUCAGGAAUGGGAUCUUCUGGGGAACGUGGCACAACAUGUCAACAGAGUACUACCCAACCAACUACAGGCAGGCCUUUAAAACGGUCAAGAUGAUGAUAAGACCUAAAAACUAUGCUCCGUAA